AUGUCGGACGAAAUUACCCACCCCACGAUCAAAGACGGAUGGUUCAGAGAGAUCUCGGACACCAUGUGGCCCGGGCAGGCGAUGACCCUACGGGUUGAGAAGGUCCUACACCACGAGAAGUCGAAGUACCAAGACGUGCUGGUUUUCAAGUCGACCAACCACGGCAACGUGCUGGUGCUUGACAACGUAGUGCAAUGCAGCGAGCGCGACGAGUUUGCGUACCAGGAGAUGAUCACCCAUCUGGCCAUGAACCUGCACGCCAACCCGAAGAAGGUGCUCGUGAUCGGCGGCGGCGACGGCGGUGUGCUGCGCGAGGUGCUCAAACACGAGUCUGUCGAGGAGGCGUGGCUCUGCGACAUCGACGAAGCGGUCAUCCGCGUGUCCAAGCAAUACUUGCCGGAGAUGUCGCGUUCGUACGAACACCCCAAGGUUAAGACGCACAUCGGCGACGGCUUCCAGUUCCUGCGCGACUACCCGAACACGUUUGAUGUCAUCAUCACAGACUCGUCGGACCCCGAGGGCCCUGCAGAGGCGCUGUUCGAGCAGCCCUACUUCUCGCUGCUGAACCAGGCGCUGACAGAGAACGGUGUCAUCACGACGCAGGCCGAGUCGCUCUUCAUUCACAUGGAGAUCAUCAAGCAGCUGAAGGGCACAUGCUCCCAAUUGUUCCCCAACGUGGGGUACGCCUAUGCAUCUGUCCCUACCUACCCCUCGGGCCAGAUCGGCUUCAUGGUGUGCAGCAAGAACGCAGACAUUGAGCUCAGCAAGCCAUUGAGAACCAUUUCCGACGAGCAAGAGCGCGAACUGUACAAAUACUACAGCAAGAAGAUGCACGAAGCCUGCUUCGUGCUCCCAACCUUCGCUGCUAAAGAACUAAACUAG